GCUCCCGCGUCGCCUCACAGCCACCAAACCGCCCUCGCGGUCUCCGCUCCGGGUUCAGCCCCAGUCUCACCUCCAUCAGCUCCGCGGUCAGUCCCCCGGGGGUGAAGCCUCGUGUCGCUGUGUCCGUGAUGCCGAGCACCGGGUGCGGGCUGGCGGUCAGCCUGUUGCUGAGCCUCUGCACAGCAGGCGCCACCUUUGAGUUGGAGGUGCGCCCGGGCCGGGAGGUGUGGGCGCGGGAGGGGCAGCAGGUCACCCUGAGCUGCCGGAUCUCGGGUUGCCUCGAGCCCAGCCCCAGACUGUUCUGGUCGAAAAGUGGAGACUCCGUUGUAGGGGGAAAACAGACAAGUGACGAGUCCAACUACCAUCUGACCUUUGACGCCGUGACCUUGAAAAACCAAAACGGCUAUUACUGCAAAGCCGCCUGUGGCGAUGUUUACGAGGAGAGACGUAUCUCUCUCUACAUUUACUAUUUACCCAGAACUCUCCGUCUGGAGCCGUCUGGCCCGGUGUGGGCUGGUGAACAGGUCAGUUUGAUCUGCCACGUGGACAUGGUCUAUCCCAUUGAGGACCUCAAGGUGGAGUAUUUUAAAGGGACGGAGCUGUUAGAGACAAUCUCUUCAGAUCGUUUGUCACUUCCCGAAUCUUCACAGUCAAUCAACCACCAGCUGACUCCUGCGAUGGAAGAUCAUGGGAAAAACCUGAGUUGUGUAGCCUAUCUGAAAAUUGGCAAGGAGGUUGAGAGUGCACAGGGCAGCUUCAUUCUGGGCGUUCACUAUGGUCCCCUGAAUAUUACGCUCAACCGAGCAGCAAUUUCUACGGCAACUAAAGGUCAGGAUAUAACAGUGACGUGCUCCACCCAAAGUAAUCCUCCCGCUAACAUCAGCUGGAGCAAGCUCUGGCCUGAGGGCUGGUUACCAGUUUCAGCUCAAGAGGCAACGCUGAAGCUAUAUGAUGUCGGCUUCUCUGAUUCCGGCACCUAUCGAUGUGAAGCCAGCAAUGGUCCGAGGAAAGAAACCAAGGAGCUGCAAAUCCAGAUUGAAGGAGCACCCAGUGGCACCAGGCUGUCCAUCACCCCGUCCGUUGCGAAGCAAGGAGAGAAUGUGACCAUCGCCUGCACCACCAGUAGUUACCCCUUGGCUCAAUUUGUCUUGAGACAAUCAGGGAGCAGCCUCCCCAAGCUGCCUUCAUCCGAUGGGACAUUCACAAUCACCUCAGUGCAGUCUGCAAAUGCUGGCCAGUACGAGUGUGAGGCCACAAACUCACUGGGGAAAGAUACAGCAAGCGAGAAGCUGAGUGUGCAAGUUCCUCCUCAGAACCUGCUGGUCGUAGUCUCUCCUUCCAGUACCUUCCGUGAGGGAUACAACCUGACCUUCAACUGUACGGCAGACAGCAGCUCCCCCACUCACUACACCUGGACGAAACUGGGCAAUGAGUCCAUGCUCUCCUUGAGCAACAGCUUCACCCUCUGGAACGCCAGGGCUUACCACGCAGGUGUUUACCAGGUGGAGGUCAGAAAUGAGCUGGGGAGCAUGACUGGGACCGUGGAGAUCAUAAUCAAAGGAGAGAGGACAGACGAGGGUCCGGAGCUGGGGUCUCUGGGGACCUACCUGAUGGUGGGGGGCAUGGCGCUGGCGGGAGGUGGUCUCGUCACCGGCCUCUGGUGGUUCCGCAAGAAGAUGCUGGCAGAUUCGUUCAGCCCUGUGUCCGGACAGAUCCCGUGAGUCACGCUGUCCUGACAGACUUUCCUGGCAGUGAUAGCUUCUGUCGAGUUGGGCACCAGGCAUGUGAGAGUAAUGCUGUCGUUGACCCAUACUGUACUGAGCAAGAGCUAAGCCUGUGGGCAAGAGGUACUGAGCUUAGCUCAGGGUCAGGGCUGCACAUUACUGAUCAGCCCUAUUGGUAGGCAUUGCCCCGCUCACUGACACUCAGGCUUAAUUCUGGGCUUGCAAUGUUGUUGGGGGGGGCUGUUUAAUUUAAUUGAGAAUGUUGUUUGUGUCUGGACAACAGGCCGUGCACAGAGCUAAGCUUUGAUCACACGGCAAAGGGACUGACUUACAGCGGAGGAUUUACUGGAAAUUCUGCUUGUGGUUUAAAACUUUUCCACAGAGUAAUCGGCCAACAAAUAGUCAUUGCACUUUAUGAUAUAUUCUGUGAAGUCUUUGCAAUGGGAUGAUAUGACUAAAUCAAAUGUAAGGAUUAUUAUUAUUUACCUGUAAAUAUUUCAGCUUGUCCUGCACUUUCUGAGGAUUGAAAAGUGAUAUUUAAAAUCAGAGCAGCAUUUGUCUGCACCUGGAGAUGAUUUUAAUAAACGAAUGUUCAUUAUUCUACCUGUA